UUCUCCCAAAGAUGAAUCAGGGACUUUUUGCUUUGACAUUUCUCCUUUGCGUUUCUUUCGGUAAGUACUUUUGGUCCGUUCUAUUGCAUUGAUUCGCUCAUUGCCAUCUAGUUCUUUCUGGCAACCGAUUGGACAUGCCAGUCGAUCGAUACAUAGCGGAUUUGAAACGGUUUUAUUCAAAGUUGUCUUUCUUCGCUGUAUUGGUAUACGGCGAUAUGAUGUUCAGUCGUUCCUUAAAGGAUUACGCUUCGUCUUUGUUACGGUUGUCUCUACGUAUCUAAAUUGAUCUGAAUGGAGCAUUAUCAGAAAAAGCUGAGUUUGUCAAUAGGCCGUUAUAUUGAAAGUUGCAUUCAUGUAUUAGUGAAAAGAUAUUUUGUAACAAUAAAACUUUGGUCACGUUUAAUGGAAACAGCUGCUCUGUAAAACAACAAAACUUUUCCGCGUUCACGGAUAAGCCAGCGCCUACUUCCAUUUCACAGCUGAGGCUUUCAAUAAACCACCAUAUUCCUAACAUAUGAGCUUGUAUCACUGAAAUAGCUUUACUGUUGCUAUAAAAAGUUCAUUUCUACUAGUAAUGCCGUUUUUAGUGUUGCGUGACGACUCUAAAAACGGCUGUGUAGCAGACUAGAAAUGCGACGACGAAUAGAAUUUCUAAUAAAAUUUGUUUUGGGGCUUGUAGCCGGAAAUGAUGUCUUGGUAUCUUCUGCAGCCUGAAUUCCUCUUAGCCGGAAAUGAUGUCUUGGUAUCUUCUGCAGCCUGAAUUCCUCACAAAGAACUAUUAAAGGAAAAUUCCAGUUAAGCAAUAGAAAACGUUUUCCGUGUUUGCAUAGCCUGAUAUCAGGCGGUGUUGGACACGGUCCACGUGACCAAUUUUGUCCAAUCACAUCAUUGCAGAUGGCGGACUGAUUCUUUCACCUUUGUGCGGGUAGUGUCUUCGAUUUUCUUCGAUUUUCGCCGUUUAUCAAGUGAUUUACGAUAAUUUUUUGUGGAAAAGUUUGAGUAGACAGAUGUAGCAAGCCGCAGUUCUUAUAACAAUAUGAUGUAUGCUUGUUUUCUAUUGAUAUUGUUCGUUGUAAUUCUUCCUGCGAAUAAUCCCUUUGUUUAGUUAAGAGCUAUUGUUUAUGCUUUUCAGUCUAUAUCUUCUCUGUGUUCAACGACCUCUGACCUCCAUUUUUAGCAUAAUCUAUUAGUUUUGUUGUUCAAGAAUCUGAAAUGGUCGGCGGGCCCCAGCGGGCCCCGCCGUUUUACGGGUCAAAAUGCCACUUGAAGUUUACCUACGUGCGUGAAUCGUGACUCCAUUCCGCGGCAUCUUUCGUAUUAUAAAUAUACUCGCGCGGUCACGAUCGAACCAGCUUAGAAUACUUUCACUACACGAUCAGCCCAGAAUACUUUCUUUCAUUUCCUUUUUAUUCGUCUUUAAAAAUAUGAUAUUUUUUUAAUAUAUAUAUGUCAUCGAAGCGGCCCUUAGGCCCUCCUUUUUGAAUAGUUCCUUGGCUUCUUCCUUCUGCCCUUGUCCGUAAAGAGUUAAACCUUCUGUGCGAGAUUCUUCAUGGUUCCUAAUAAAUCAUACAAAAAUAACGAACAGAUAAAACUGAAUUCGUACGGAAAAAAUGACUAGAAAACCUCCGCUAACUUGCUGUUGUCCUCAACAACAACAAGUUAGCGGAGGAGGAUGCCACAUUUGCCUUGCUCUCCAGCUUCUUCUGGAAAACCAGAAUAGGUUGCACAUUAUUUUCGAUGAGAAGAUCAGUAUCAUUCUUGCACAUGUCAAUGUACCUGGAAAAAAAAUCUGUGGUGAGAAGAGCGCUAAAGAGAAGCUUACGUUCAAAAUCAAGCACUUUAGGCACAUGUAAGAACGACGUGUUGAUACGUACCGCGUUGCUUCGAUCCCAAAAUCAAUCUCUUCGACACAGAAAAUAACAGUUUUGUGAAGCCAGCAGUAAACGUCGAUUGCGGCCACCUUCCCGGAGAAAGAUCUCAAAUGGACAUCGCAUGUUAUGUCCUUUAAAAGCGGAAGAAGACCUGUAAUGUCCAUAUCACACUAUUUCUCCCGGUAAUUUUAUGGCGUAACGAGAGAUGUGAACAGAGCGAAGGUCAGAUGCAAAUGAGCCGUUUUUGAUUUUUUCCCCAUGAUGCCCUUCGGACCGUGUCCAACACCGCCUGGCCUGAUAUAAACACGAGAGGGGUUGGGAGAAUUCGAGACAGUUAUACAACCCGAAACGAUAUCAGGCUAUGUAAACACAGGAAAAAAGUUUUCUAUUGCUUUUGUAAAAUAAAUUUCCCGAGAAAAAACGCAAAACUCUUUGUAUGGCAAUGAUUAAAAGAGAAAUUCUUACCAGGCGCAAAGUCUUGUCCACGAAGUCUUGCACGCGUAAUCAGUUCUUGUUUUGCAAAAAGAUACUUUCCAAAAUACGGACUUUUCUCGCUUAAAAUGUCCGCUUAAGCGAAAAAAAAUUGACACACUUUCUUUGUAACGAUUUUCCAACUUUCAGCGGACGAAGGAAUGGGUAAAUAAAGUAAACUUGUCGAGUUUUGAACUUGAAACUUUUUCAAAUUCGUGCUUGCGUGAUUCGCACGCGAAAAGCAAAACAUACAUACAUACAUACAUACAUACAUACAUAAAUAUUGGAAGUAGGAAAAAAACUACACUUUCAUCCCGACAAGCCUGUUUCGUGAUCUAUCACUCUUCAGGGGAUUUUAAUGAUAAGAAUAUUCAUAACCAUCGACUAUAUACUUUGAGAUUACCGUUGUUGGGGAAAAUUUAAAUUUAAAUGUUUAAUUGUUACAUAGCAACGCUUUGUUUCUGUGGCGGCGAGAAGAUACAAGUUCGUUACGUUUGUUAAGUGAUGAUAGAUUGGGACGACAGAUAAUUAAAAAUUUCUCUUUGAGGCAAAGGUUACACCUUUUACUUGAACUGUUAUAGGAUGAGCUAGAUGAAAUGAUACGCCAUGAAAUAGAGUAGUCAAUGUUGUUGUCUUUCAGGGACCAGACAUGUUUACUUAGUUCCGUAGAGUUCCUGUGUUUUGUGUGACGGAAUGAUGCAGUGUGGUUUCUGUACCUAGUUUUGAAGGCGUUUUCUGUGAGUCCGAUGUAUGUUUCAGAAGUGUUAUUGUCGUUACGUUUGACGGUUGCUUGGUAGAUAACUGAUGAUUGAAGGCAGUUUCCUUUAAGAGGGCAUGAGUUUUUUUGUCGGUAGUUACAUGAUUUGUUGUCAACAGAGUUAUCUGUGGAUUUAUCUGUGUGUUUGGAUUCAUUCAGGAUACGCUUGUUGUGGUUGUCGAUAAUUUGUUUAGUGUUAUUCAUGCAACUGUAACUGAUCUUGAUGGUAUUGCGGUUGAAGAUUUUUCUUAGUUUGUUCUCCUUUAAUAGGGAAGUGUUUGUCUACUAGUGUAAGGAAUCUGUGACCGAUGUUGGUGUUGACGUUUUUGCUGAAUGGGGGGUUGUACCAGAGGAUGCUGUUGCGUUGUCUGUUUCUCCGUUUAGCAGUUGUAGUCGGUUCGUAGUGUAGAGUGUAGUGGUAUCCGCUUUCGUCGAGUGCUUUUUGGUACGGGGGGAUGGCUUGGUCGAAUGAUGCUUUGUUCGAUGAAAGGGAUGAUAGCCGUCUGUUGAUGCCGGCGGUUAUGUGGUGAUCGGUGGGUGGUUGCUCUCGCGAUGGACUUACUGUAGCGUGGUGUUAGGCUUUGUGAAGGGCCGGUAGGUGCUGUUGUUAAGGUUAAAGGUGACGUCUAGGAAGUUAAUGAUCUGUUUAUUGGCUUCAGUUGUGAUGCGUAGUCCAUUUUGGUUAAAGACACGGCAUAUUUCCUUCUUGAUGUUUUCUUUGUCUCUCGGUGCGGCAUUAGAAAUGGCUAGACCGUCGUCUCUGUAGAGCCCUAUGUUGACGUCAAGGUGUUUUAAUUGUGAAAGCAGGAAACUUCCUACUAGCUCACAUGUCUCAGCGCCAUCGUAGCUGCCCAUUGUAACGUCAAAUGUUGUGUCGCCGCUUCUUUUGCCAUGCUCGAUGCCCGGCUCGAUGCUUGUGUAUUAGGAUUGAGUUCUUGGCAUGUAUGAUGAUGUUUCGUUCGUCGUUCGUGAUGUUGUCGUAGGCUGAGGCAAAGUCAAGUGCCUUGUUGAGAAGGUCUUGGCUGAUGGAGGGGUAGAAUUCUACGAUAUCGAAGCAAAUAAAGCUGUGAUCUUGUUUGUUUUCAAUAGCUUUAAACCACUCGAUCACGGAGGUGGAGUUUUUCCAUUGGUUGAAUUUGGAUGCUCUCGUGAUUUUGUUGUUGAUCCUGUCGAGGGUUACCUUGCUGAUUUUGCCUAUUUCGGAUUUAGUAGGGUUGAUUAGUCUGCAGGUCGGGUUGUUAGCGAAGUUCGGUUUGUGGUCCUUCAGUGUUAUAAAUGCGUCCUUGUUAGCAGUAGUGUCUACUCUGUCAUCGAUACCCAACUUCGUUGCGAUUUUUUUGUUUUCUGUAUGGAUGUCUCGUACGGUGUUAGGAUGGGCCUUUUUGUAGGACUUCGUGAUGUUUUGUUCUAGCAGGUCGUUGUACUUUGACGGUUCUAGUUUGUAAAAGUUCGUUGUUUUAUCAGCGGCGAUGAGUAGCUUGGUUUCCUUUUUAAUGUGAUCAGUGUCGUUUUUGAGUUUGAUGAGAAAAGGGUUGUUAACUUGUAUGAAUUUCGUCGAUUGUACCAUCUUAAGCAUGUCGUCUUCAAAUUCCUUUAGCUCGUCGACUGGAGGAGGGUUCUUGGUAGACUUGAAGCCGUAUGUGUCUUUGGAGGAGGUGGAUACAUCAGGGUUGAGGAAGAAGUACGCUUUCCAGCGCAUUCUUCGUAGAAAGUGCUCGGUUUUUUCAAUUAGGCGUUGCAAGAAGUCGUUCUGCGAUGGGAGAGGAAUAUUCUUUGUGGAGUAUCCAAUGUUGAAUUUUUCCAUUGCGGAUUAUCGUAGAGUGCUCGACAAUUAUUAGAUUGGAGCGAAUUAGGAAGUCUGUCUUUCGAUUUUUCCGUAGUAGAGUGCUCGAUACGUUAAAGCGUGAUAUAAAUAUUGGAAGUAGGAAAAAAACUACACUUUCAUCCCGACAAGCCUGUUUCGUGAUCUCUCACUCUUCAGGAGAUUUUAAUGAUAAGAAUAUUCAUAACCAUCGACUAUAUACUUUGAGAUUACAUUGUUGGGGAAAAUUUAAAUUUAAAUGUUUAAUUGUUACAUAGCAACGCUUUGUUUCUGUGGCGGCAAGAAGAUACAAGUUCGCUACGUUUGUUAAGUGAUGAUAGAUUGGGACGACAGAUAAUUAAAAAUUUCUCUUUGAGGCAAAGGUUACACCUUUUACUUGAACUGUUAUAGGAUGAGCUAGAUGAACUGAUACGCCAUGAAAUAGAGUAGUCAAUGUUGUUGUCUUUCAGGGACCAGACAUGUUUACUUAGUUCCGUAGAGUUCCUGUGUUUUGUGUGACGGAAUGAUGCAGUGUGGUUUCUGUACCUAGUUUUGAAGGCGUUUUCUGUGAGUCCGAUGUAUGUUUCAGAAGUGUUAUUGUCGUUACGUUUGACGGUUGCUUGGUAGAUAACUGAUUAUUGAAGGCAGCUUCCGUUAAGAGGAAAAAUCGAAAGAAAAAAAAAAUCGAAAGACAGACUUCCUACACACAUACAUACAUACUUUAUUAAGACUCCCUUCAACAGGGCUUUUCAGUCACAAUGUUAAUUAUUACAUAAUACUGGUAAUUAAGAAAAGAAAAGAAAACUUAUUUACAGUAGUUCAAUGAAAUUCAAAAUAAAUUCAAAAUUAUUCAAAAUAUAUUCAAAAUUAUUUCGUAUGAAAUAUCCUAUUAAAAAGUCUCCGCUUAAAACUAUCAAUAUCUUUAGUGUUCUUAAUAUUGUCAGGUAGCCCAUUCCAUUCCUUUGGACCCCGAAAAUAAAAUGCCCUUUUUCCCACUGAUAGUCUACAUCGGGGGACCACAAAAUUGUUACAUCCCCUUGUGUUCUUGAUGUGAACUGCUGAACGUUUAAUAAAAUAUUUACCUAAAUAAUCUGGAGCUAAGCCAUUUACACGUUUGAAUACUAAAACUAAGUCAUUAAAUAGAACCUUCUCCGUAACAUCUAACCAUUUAGGAGAUCUCCGUCCCUGGGAGAUAUGGUCAAACUUCUUUAAACCUAAAACAACUCUGGCAGCAAAAUUUUGUACCAACUGCAGUUUGGGGUAGUACUUGGUGUAAGACUGCCCAAAAUGUCCCGAGCCACCGCCCACCACUGUUAGUGCUGUAGUAGCUGUGCUGUAGUAAUAGUAAUAGCAAUAAAUUGCUUUAUUUGCAUGACCGCAUCAUUUUACAGCAUUGCAAAAGCAUGCAUAUGACAAUCAAAAUAAUUAGAACAAACGGCACUAAUAAUAAUCUAGAAAAAUUCAGUUACAUUAUUAACAAUGAAUCACGUAUUUUCAUACAGGAGGAAACAAACUUCAUAACUAACUUAUUUACAUGAUGUUCCUUCGAAUUCAUUAUCAGUUUUAUGCUUUCUGGAGAUGAUUUCUUGUCAAAGUCAGGUAUUAUUCGAUUGAUUUGAUUAAUAAAGGCCUGUCUCUGUACUGACUAUUUGUUACAUUGAAAGAGGAAAUGAAUCUCAUCUUCUACCUGAUUUGAGUUACAUAAGGGGCAUAAUCUAUUUUCUCUUGGCAAAUGAUCGGUUUGGUAUCGACCAUGUUCAAUCAUAAGUUUGUGAUUACUUAUUUUAAAUUUAACAAAAUUCUGUCGUUCGUCAUAAUGUCUUAGCUGGUAGAGAUAAUCAUAUGUAGAAUAUUCAUCUUUAAAAGUUUUAUAAAAUUCUAGUUUUAUUGAAUUUUCAAGGCUGUGCCGCCAAAAAGAUAGAUAUUUCUCUCUCAUUUCUGUGGUAUAUCGUCUAAUUUUAUCAUUAUCUAGAGAUUCAGCAUCUAAACUGGUUAGAUUGUAUUGUUCAAACAUGUUUAUGAAAUUGGAAAAAUAUCCUGAAUUAUUCAUAGAAUGUAGAUUCUUUGACAUAAGGAAAGACUGUUUGACUAUAGAGUCAUUAUCUUUGUUGUUGAGGUAAACAAAAUAUUUCAUAAUUUUCUGAUUUAUAGGGAUAAGCAGCGGCAAUCUAUCAAGUUCAGCUCUGCAAGCUAUGUUAGAGGCCUUAUUGUUAACCUCUAAUUAACGUUUACAGAAUUUGAGGUGGAUUUUUUCUAUUGGGGAGCUAUCGCAUUUUUUAAAAUCUUGCUUGGUGUACAUUCCCCAUACCUCGCUGUUGUAACUCAAGAUUGGGAAUACCAUGGUGUCAAAAAUUUGGGAUGCAGUAUUAAAAGAAUUGUCCGCUUCCGAAUACUAGAGAACGCGUGAAGGGCCUUUUCUUUUAAGUGUUCGAGUGCAAGUGUAAAGUUUCCCGUUGGAGUUUAACGUGUACCUAAAUAAGUGUAUUCUUGGACAAUUUCAAUUGACUCACUGCCUAUGUUGAAUUUGAUGUCAAUAGAUUUUUUUGGGCGUUUCUGGAAUGUCAUAAUUUUUGUUUUCUUCGGAUUAAUUUUUCCAUUUGUCACAAUACAAGGAAAGCGCAUUUAAACAGUUCUGUAAUCCAGUUUUCGAUCUUGAUAGAAUAACUAAAUCAUCUGCCGGCGUAGAAAAGUGAAUUUAUUUUUUUCCCGUUUGGAAGAACAAAUGGGUCAGAUAAGGUGUUUUCGAAUAAAUGUGGUAUAUUGUUUAAAUAGAGGUUAAAUAAAAGAGGGCUUAAAAUACAGCCUUGACGUACAACUCUGGAAUAUGAAAAAGGCUGUGUUUUGUUUUCACCGAUUUUGAUGGAACAUGUCGAGUUGAAUAAAGACUUUUCAUGAGGUUGUACAAGUUUCUUCCUAUAUGCAUUUUUAGCAGCUUAUAAAACAAUCCUUCGUGCCAAACAGAGUCAAACGCUUUGCGGAAAUCUACGAAACAAGCGUAGAGUUUUUCCUUGUGAUAUGAUAAUGCACAUAUUUAUCUAUUAGGGUGCGUAGAGUGAAAACAUGGUCUGCAGUGCGGUUUUCAGGCAAAAAGCCAAUUUAGGAAUUAUGUAAUAUCUUAUUUUCCUCAGAAUACAAGUGAAGUCUUCGAUUUAAAAUAGAACAGAACAGUUUUCCAAGGCAACUAGAAACACAGAUGCCUCUGUAAUUUGUUGGAUCACUCUUGUCACCAGAUUUGUAGAUUGGGGUUAUGAGGCCUUGACACCAAACAUCUGGCAUUUUUCCGGAUUGUAAAAUGAGGUUAAAAAGUUUGACAUAGACAGCCAUUAGUGGUUCGAGGCUUGCUUUGAUCAUUUCAUUUCGUAUUUUGUCAACAAAUGGUGAUUUCUUAUUUUUCAAUUUCUUCGCCGCUUGACGUAUUUCCCUCUCAGUUAUCUCAUAAUCGAAAUGGGUAAACUGUUCCUUUUCGUGUUCUAAAGAAUUUAAUUCCCUAUGGAUUUCAUGUUCAUGCGUGGAAUUCGUCGGGUCAAUAGAAUGCAGAGAUUUGAAGUGGUGAAGCCAUGAUUCUUCCGAGAUUGGGGCAGGAACAUUUUCGUUGAAAGUGUCACUCAUCGAAUUUAAACAAUUCCAAAAUGACGUCUUGUCAGGAUUUAAAGCUAGUUCGUCGAGUUGUAAUGUUUUUUCUUUGUGAAAUCCUCUUUUCUUUGUGUCUAGGAGCUUUUUGUAAUCAUUCAAGGUUUUGUGAUAUCGUUCCCUCAAUUCGAAGUUGAGGGGGUCACGGUGCUUUUCAUUUGAGACUUUUCGUAAUUCAUGCCUUUUCAAGCGACAUUCACAGUCGAACCAUUUCUUGUUGGAUGAUUUCUUAAUACGCUUAUAAGUUUCCUUAGCUUUAAUUUUUAGGCAUAGCUUGGAGGUUUCAGUUAGGAUUUUCAUAGCGUUUUCUAAGGAGAUAUUCACAUCUUCGGUGUUUCUCUCCAUAUAUUGUCUAAUUAGAAUUUGGAUUGUUUCCGUGCGCAGUGCGUUUUUGAAUUUUAAAUGUGAGUCAACUUCCCAGCAAAAUUGCCGUGGUAAUUUUGAUAAUCUAUUGCUACUAUUUGGAGUGUGUGUUUCGUCUCCAAUUAGCCUGGUGUUAAGAGUGAUCCAUGCCACGAUGGCACUAUGAUCCGAUUAAUAACAUGGCUGUUUAACAACAAAAUUUGCAACGUUGAGAAAUGUGCACUGAUCACAUAUUAGAUAAUCAAUAACGCUCGUCCCGUUUUUUCCAUGAAAAGUGGGUCUGCCUAGGGUAUCUCCAUUAACUGUGCCAUUAAUUCUUAGGUCAAGGGUUUUACAAAUUUCCAACAGCCGUUUCCCAUGGCUAUUUAAAACAUUAUCAAAACUAUUUCUUUGAGUUGGCUGGAAAGCUGAUUCCGACUGAUCAUUACUAAUUAUACUGUUUCCCUCCUUUGAGACAGUAUCAGAGUAGACUACGAGUAGUCCCCAUUUUUCCUCAGGGAUAGUAGAGCGAGCAAAACGAGAGCGCGCGUGAAAAUCACCCCACGCGAGAGAGGCGAGACGCGGCGGUGUUUCUCUCUUCCCACCGCGUCUCGCCUUUCUCGCGCGAGGUGUUUUUCACGCGCGCUCGCGUUUCGCUUGCUCUACUAUCCCUGAGGAAAAAUGGGGACUACUUGUAGUCUAGUCCCCAAAGGCCGUGUUCGGCCAGAUAAAUUCAGUUCAUUUCAAAAAAUCGACCUUUUACUUCGGCGGAGCUCGAAGUAAAGGAUUCGCGCGGCUCAGGAAUAUUUCAAAGUUAAUUCGGAGGGUAGUUUGAGAUAUCUUCGAAUUCAUUGAAUGUAUUGAUUUGUAUUCUUCUUCUUAUCAUGGGCUCCUGUUCUUAUUUAUUAUUCUGGCUAGAAAUAUUGACUGCAAAAGUAUUUUACAGAAAACAUUAAAGCAAUUUGGGCUAUUAGCUUCAAAAUACGAGUGAAAAUCGAGAUAAAAGAGCAAUUAACAGUGCGUCUCACUUCGCAGAUGAGUUUGCUCAUGUCGCGCGAUAUGUUUCUCGGCUAAACUUCCGAAUAACUCAGUGUUUCUCCAAAGUGCGUUUCAGUUUGGCUUUUUACCGUCGAAACCUUGACUUUUCCCCUGAAAUCUAGCUUGGAAUUCUUUUUACACGGUGGAAAACCCAAAUUUAUUAGUUUGCUGGUUGAAUUCCCUGCCAAUAUAGAUCAAAGUUUCAGCAGGACAUUGACACAAAAUGACAACAGCGCGAGUGCUGAAAGCAGUGAAACAUGCAGAUGAAAGAGACUGAUGAGUAUGACAGUGAUGCCAUUGACUCCAAAUGGAGGCAUUGUUACAAUAAAGGUUUUCAUAACUACAACAAAUUAUGGGAGCAGAAACAACAAAAUUAUACGUCAUAUACCAUUUCGAUAAUAAUUAUACUAUAAUUUAAUUAACUAAUCAAUGAGAUUUUUGACUCAGGAUCUGUUUUCGUUUUUGAAACAUUAGAUGGGCAUAUUUGGCUAUAACUUGUGAACUAUUGUCAUUGUCUAAUCUGAGUAAAUAUAACGUUCUUCCAUGAUCUGUUAAAUUGAUCAAGUUUGCAUCAAUUGAGUGAGUGAUCGAGUGAGUGAGUGAGUGAUCAGUCUAGUGCCUCCAAAAGCCCAUGGAAUGACUACGUCAUCCAUGAGCUAAAAAUGAAACUUCUCUACCCCCCACGGUAAAUAACUAGAGAGCCAACCUUAGUACUAUCAUACUACUUAGUAUUAUCACUACUAGAAAAUGUUGUUCUGAUCUUCUACACUGGUGGAGUAAUCAUCGUUGAAAAAAAUCAAAGUAAAUAACAGAUUUUACAUUCGAAUUUUUUUGCUCUAACUUCAUCAGCGAUAAAAGCAGAUAAGUUAAGGUUACGUAACUGAGGGCUUCGUUCUUACCUGGAAAGCCCGGAUAUAAAUGAUCGAGAAGUCCACUGUACCUUGUCCCUAUCCAGGGAAAGUUUUCUCUGUUUAAUAACAAACUGACAAUGCCCUUCUUAAUGCGACGACAGCUGGUGUGUUCUUCAGUGAUAAGAACCAUUGUUAAGAGCUGGAGCGCUAUAGUCCUUUAAUAGAGCCAAUAGAAAAGACUCUUGAAAGAACCGAAAAGGUACCUGUUGAGAUUAAAGAAAGAAAACGGUAUUACCGGAAUCAGUUACCACUGCUUUGCUAUAUUUUAUAAUGUAAUGACUCCCAAAAACAUUCUGAAAGUCUGAUUAUGUGUUCUAUUUUAGCAUGUGGCUUACAGUGUUAUGAGUGUUUUAGCCAGAAAAGUUGGGAUGACUGUGAAAGCCGCAAAGACGUGAAGAACUGCACCUCUUGGAGCAACCGAUGUUUUAAGGGCUACGCAGAUUGGCAAGAGGACGGAUCAUCAAAGAAGGCUUAUAGCAAACAAUGUUCCUCAACAGAGAAGUGCAAAACUGCCACAGACAGCAAGGAAUGUAAGGGAGGAACCUGUAAGGUGGAUUGCUGCUCUGGAGAUCUUUGCAAUGCUGGCACAAUACCACUGGGCAAUGCUGCCACAGUACCACUGGUCAGUGCCAUCAUCCUCAGCGCAUGCGCUGUUCUGGCCACUUCACUUAAAGCCCAGAUCAUUUUUAAGUAAUAAAGUGUUGCAAUAUUUUCCGCGGUAAAAGGAUAAUUAAAGUGUGCCUGAUUCGAUGUUGUGUUUAGUUUGAAUUAAGCUAUUUAUCAAAGGCCUCCUGUCAAAGGAGAUUGUAAAUCAUUUAGCGUUUGUUUCUAUCUAUAUGAUCAAGUGGAACGUCGUUUUUAGGUUUUGAUCAAUGCAAGAUCGCUUUCUUGGUUUUUAUGAAAGAUUGCAAAUUCUUUUUAAGAAUUACCUCAAAUCUGUAAGUCAUUCAGGG